UAAAUCGUCGUUCAUGCAUUCCAUGAUCAGUUAACAAAGCUUGCUGCAUUCAGAGUGAAAAUAGCUUGGAGAUAAAAUGAGGAGAGGUCAGAAGUGCGUGUUUUUCCCGCUACUGGCUAUUGCAUUAUGCUUGUGUAUAGCAAAUGUGGAUGCCGGGAUAACACUGCAACCACCGGUAAAGUUGAAAUGGCAUUACUACCGGCAGCAUACUACAUGCACCUAUGCAGAGGAGUUUGUUAGGCACCAGGUAGAGUUAUUUUGGAAGGCAGAUAGAAGCAUUACUGCCAAGCUUCUUCGGUUGCUCUACUCGGAUUGCUUUGUGACUGGCUGUGAUGCAUCGAUUCUUCUUGACGGACCAGACUCAGAGAAGACAGCUCCACAAAACUGGGGUCUCGGAGGAUUUGUGGCCAUUGACAAAAUAAAAGAAGUUCUUGAGAUACGGUGUCCUGGUGUUGUCUCUUGUGCUGAUAUUCUCAACCUGGCUACCAGGGAUGCUGUUCAUUUGGCAGGCGGACCAGCUUAUCCCGUGUUCACAGGAAGAAGGGAUGGAGUGUCAUCAAAAGCAUCAACGGUGGAUCUCCCAUCACCAUCCAUCUCAGGGGGAGAAGCAUUGGCAUAUUUCAAGUCUAGAGGCCUGGAUGUGUUGGACCUGGGAACACUAUUAGGGGCACACUCAAUGGGGAGAACACAUUGUCGCUACAUUUUGGACCGACUGUACAAUUUCAACAAUACCGGAAGGCCAGACCCAAGCAUGAACAAAGCAUUUGCAGAUCAAAUGAGAAAGCAAUGUCCCCAAAGAACCAAAAAGGGCCAAUCUGACCCACUGGUGUUUCUAAACCCAGAAUCUAGCUCUAAAUACACCUUUACAGAAUCCUUCUACAAGAGGGUUCUCUCCUACCAGUCUGUCCUAGGAGUUGAUCAGCAACUACUUUUCAGCAAUGACACACUACAGAUAACACAAGAAUUUGCUGGUGGUUUUGAGUACUUAAGAAGGUCACUUGCUCUAUCAAUGAGUAGGAUGGGAAACAUCAAUGUGCUAACGGGAAAUGCAGGAGAGAUACGCCGAAAUUGCCGAUACAUAAAUGAUGGCAAACCCCAAUAAAACCUAAGAGAUGUGAUCUUGACAAGGGUAGAUUUGUCAUCAUAAAAAUACUGUCAAUUAAAUGAUAUUGUUUUGUGUCGAGGAUAGAGGAUACAAAUAUGUGCCUGAAAAAAAUGUUUCCUUUCUACAAAUAAAAUUACACAACUCCCGCUCAAGUUAAGAACUCA